CUUGACAGAUGCACAGCCAUGAGGAGAGGAGAAAAAGGAGACACAGACAGACAUUCGGGCAUCUAACAGAAAUACAAGCAAGACAGAAAGUGACAGUAAACUGAGGGAAGAAUGGGGAACAGGAAUUGUUAAGAGGAUGUGUCUGUUGCUUCUAUACUGUGAUCAAGCUAGAGCAGUGAGACAGGUGAGGCGGUGAGGAGGGGUUUGGAGCAGGGCUAGGUCGUGAUUUGGAGCCAUCCAAAGAUUGUUUAUUGAUAAAGCAAAAAAAAAAAAAAGUGAGGGGUGACUGUUGACUAAAACCAGUGCAACAGCAAACUGAGAAGCUCGAAAUCGUCCUGCUGUCAAUUCUGUGAAUGCUGUAAAUUAUGGACUUCAGGGCUUCAUCAAAACCCUAAAACCAAACAAACAGAGCUGCCACUCAUUGGCAAAAUGUCGACAGGCCCUGGCCUUGGCGCACCUGACCUGGCAGAGGGCCCCCAGACCACAGGACCUGUUGGACUCCAGACUUUGCUGGAUCUACUGGUUGGUGUCUAUCAGGAAUUCUACUCCUCUCCCUUUGCAAGGGAGAAGUAUGUCUCUGGUUUCCUGCAGUGGGCUGAGCCUCUGGUAAGGGAGGUUAAGAAAACCCGCAUCAAAAGAGAAGACUUUCACAUCUUGAAGGUGAUCGGCCGAGGCACGUUCAGUGAGGUUGCUGUGGCAAAGAUGCAAAGCACACAACAAGUGUAUGCUAUGAAGAUUAUGAAUAAGUGGGACAUGCUGAGGCGAGGAGAGACAGCAUGUUACCAGGAAGAGAGGGAGGUUUUGUUAAGGGGUGACAGACGUUGGAUCACAGAGUUGCACUAUGCCUUUCAGGAUGAUAACUAUCUGUACCUGGUGAUGGAUUAUUAUGUAGGUGGAGACCUGCUGACUCUCCUCAGUAAAUUCGGGGAUCGAAUCCCUGAGGACAUGGCUCAGUUCUACCUGGCAGAGAUGGUUAUGGCCAUUGACUCUGUCCAUAGGCUGGGUUAUGUGCACAGGGACAUCAAACCUGACAACAUCCUGUUGACAGCUGAUGGUCAUAUUAGACUGGGAGACUUUGGUUCAUGUCUGAGGCUGCUAGAGGAUGGGAUGGUUCACUCGUCUUUAGCGGUCGGGACCCCUGAUUAUUUGUCUCCAGAGAUUUUAAGAGCAGUUGAGGGAGGUGGAGGUUAUGGUCCUGAGUGUGACUGGUGGGCUUUGGGUAUCUGUGCCUACGAGAUGUUGCUGGGGACCACACCCUUCUAUGCAGAGUCCAUCUCUGAAACAUAUGCCAAGAUCAUUCACUUUCAGGAGUAUUUUGGGUUUCCUUCUUCGGGCCCAGAGAUUUCAGAGAAAGCUCGUUCCUUCGUCAGUGAACUGAUCUGUGACAGGGAAGUCCGUCUCGGAAAGAAAGGCUCCGGUGACUUCAGGAAUCAUCAGUUUUUCAGUGGACUGGACUGGGGUUCCCUGCAUAAACUUCCUGCCCCUUUCCUGCCUGAAGUCUCUAAUCCAGCUGACACAUCAAACUUUGAUAUCCUGGAUGACUGUCUUAGUGAAAUGGAGACACUGUCUGAUGUAAUGGACAGAGCUCCAAUAGGAGUACACUUGGCUUUUGUUGGAUACUCUUACACUGCUACCAGUCAGACAGGUGCCAUUGACCGCAGUCAAGAUAUCAUGAUGCAGAUUGACCACACACAGCUUAGGGACAGUGAGAAUCUGUAUGGACGACAAAAAUCGAGUCAGCUGUGGAAAGUUACAGAUUCUCUACCAGACAAUCUGCCUGCACUGCUGGAGCUUCCACUUACUCUGGACCAAGAUCCUACUCGGUCUCCCCACACCACUACGGAGGACGAGGAGAUAUCAGGACUUGAUGAAGACUUGCAGAGACGCUUACAUGAAGCAGAGAGGCGAUAUUGUGAGCUGGAGAAGGAAAUGGACAGAUUAAGGGAGGAAAUGCAGGAUUGGAGAUUUCCCAAGGAGAUAGAGUUGAGUAGCUGCCCAGCAUCACUUGCUCUGCCUGCCCACUGUGUGGAUGCAACAAGGGAUAGGGAGAGAGCACCCCCAGCCUGCCAUUACCCACUGGUGAUUCCUCUCCACCGCCAUCUGCUCCUGUUCCACAGGAUUCGUUUGCCACAAGUGAAGAGUGAAUCAUACCUUCUGGUGUGUGCAGAAAGGGGGGAGCUCCAAAUAUGGAGGAGACACUUGCACCAAGCUCUCUGAAGGUGGCACCACUAGAACAGAAGGACUGAGCCUCUGCUUUUGGCUCACUCCCUGCCACACAUCUCAGCUUCCCAAACUUCAACCUGAAAAGAAAAAGCAGGGCAAAAACACUACUAAUAUCAACUGUUGUGAAUGUGUGAGAAGAUUCAGAUGAUGUGAGAGAACAGCAGUUCAAACUGCUGGAAGCUAGUGAGGAAGAAAUGAAGGCAUCUUCUAACCUGCCUUGUCUGCUUAACAGCCUGAGAAGAUACACUAACUUCAGAACACACUGACUCUACUUACAUUACUGUGUAAUGAUGUGUGCUGAGUGAAAUGGAGAAGGGCCGGAGACAUUACUCCCUAGCAUACUACCUUUAGACAUUUCAGACCAUAUUGAUACAUUUAGUUGGGGAUAUGUUUUUUGUUUUUGUAUCAUGUAUCCACACAGUUUGCACUUGUGUUCCACAACACUAGGCAUGUUUUGCUGUGUGGUUGUGUGAUUGAAAGUGUUACAAGUAGUUGACUACAAUAUCUGUUGGCUUUUCCAUGACAGACUCUUACAGUGUGAACAGUGUGCUACUAAAAAGCAAAUAUAGUUCAGUCAGCCAUGUGAGAUUAUUAAAUACAUGAUCAGAUAUCCUGUAUGCAUUCUGUAUGCAACAAAAAUCCUGGUAUUACAAGUAUGUAGGGCAGUGGCGUUGAGCUGGGCUGUCUGAAGUAGUUCAAAGCUGUUCUUUGCUUUUAGUCAACCAGCUCAGGUAGAACAUCUUAUUUUGCAAAAGUAAAAUCUAUACUGAGUUCAUGGUUGGGGUCUACGCUCAGAUGUCUUUACUUCCCACUAGAACACAAACUUACAGGGAACAGGAAGAAGACUACUAAAGUGUCUGAACAGCAGCCAGAAUGAGAAAUCAACUAUGAAAGAUAUUAAGCCAAUACUAGCAGCAUAAAUCACAGUUACACUUGUCACUCUAUCCAAAUAAUGCCUUUAAUCAUGUACCAGUUUUGUUGCCCCAAAAUGUUUGUGUCCUAGUGCUGAAUGGACAAAUCCUGUUUAUUCCUUAAAACUACUGAACCAUAAUAAACAGACUCAUAACAGAGUUCCUUUCAAGGUGCGUCGAUAUUGAAAUGCUGUAUGUAAACUGGCAACAAGCAGCAGCAGCAUUGUUUCCAGACUGAACCAGGCUUUGUUCAUAUUCACAAUUACAGGGCACGAUGUGUAGCAUAGAUUUGAAGCAUAGAAAACACUAAAGUCAUGUUUGUGUAGGGAUCUGUGUAAGUCAAGGCCUGCCAUCGAAGACCACGGGGAAAAAACGUGUGUUGAGAUUAGUUAACAUUAUGUGACAGCCAGCAUUUGCAGGCUAAGGUAAGACGUUUGCCUAUCACAUGUUAGAUGUUCCACAUGGUUCAACAAACUACUGGUUUUACAUUCCAUGUGUCAUCAUUGUGUACACUUAUUAUUAGUUUGCUAAUAUUAUCGUUUUGGUUUUGAUCCAGAACAUUAGACUUUGUUGCUUUCAUGUUCUUCCAAAAAUAAAGGAACUACCCAAAUUCACAUGUAGAUGGAAAUCAGCACAUAUGAUGUGUUAGUUUGGGGGUAACAUCUGCACUCUGCCUCAUAACUAAUCAGCUCCCUUUUCUGUAUUUUUUUCUCUCAAUAAAACUCUUAUAACUGCCAAAAAA